CCCAUAACCCAAAACCCUGCCGCGAAUUGAAAAUCUUGGAAAUACCAGUAAUAAUAAUUAUUAUUUUUUUAAAAAUGGGCAAAAACAAGAAGAAGAUGAUGAACCCAGAUUCCGGUGGACCCCAGCACAGUCCGGCCACCGUCUUUGUUAAUAAUCUGCCUUACACUUUCUCUAAUGCUCAGUUGGAAGAAACAUUCAGUGAUGUUGGACCAAUUAGGAGGUGUUUUAUGGUUACACAAAAAGGGUCGUCUGAACAUCGCGGCUUUGGUUAUGUCCACUUCGCCGUGACUGAAGAUGCUAACCGUGCAAUUGAGCUUAAAAAUGGUUCUUCUGUUGGAGGUCGCACUGUUGGAGUUAAACAUGCAAUGCAUAGGCCUUCUCUUGAGCAACGGAGAUCUAAAGGAACAGAAGUGGUUCCAUCUACUAUCAAGGCAAAUGGUGGCAAGGAUGAUUUUGUUAGUGACAGUAUCAAGACAGUGGAUGGUAAGGAAAAUUCAUUGUUUCAGUCAGCUGAUACCAUCAAGACGAAGGAUGACAAGGACGAAUCUUCAAAACCUGUACAAAAGCGUAAACAGUCCAUGAAUUCUCAAGAAAUAGGAAAAACUGAUAAGAAGAAAGAAGUCAAACCCAUGAAGGCUGAACUUGUGGAAGGUGAUUCAUCAACACUAAUAGUAAAGCCAAAGAAGGCUCCCAACUCUCAAGAUAAAGGAAAAAUUGAUAAGAAGAAAGAAGUCAAUCCCGUAAAGGCUGAACUUGUGGAAGGUGAUUCAUCAACACCAAUAGUAAAGCCAAAGACGGCUCCCAACUCUCAAGAUAAAGGAAAAAGUGAUAAGACGAAGAAAGCUAUGGCUCCCUUGAAGACCGAACGUGUGGAUGGAACUUCUUCUGAAAAGCAGAGGGUUGCUAGGACAGUCAUAAUUGGUGGGAUUCUCAAUAAUGAUAUGGCAGAAGAUGUUCACCGUCAUGCUAGAGAGUGUGGGUCUGUGUCUUCUAUAACUUACCCUCUUUCUAAAGAAGAGAUUACACAUCAUGGACUUCUUCAAGAUGGAUGCAGAUUAGGUGCCUCAUCUAUAGUUUAUGACAGUGUCAAGUCAGCUCGGGCUUGUGUCACAAAGUUACAUCAGAAAAGUUUAAGUGGAGGCACGGUUUGGGCACGCCAGUUAGGUGGAGAAGGUUCCAAGGUACAGAAAUGGAAGCUUAUUAUACGGAAUCUUCCAUUCAAGGCAACUAUCAAUGAGAUCAAAGAAAUGUUUGCAUCAGCAGGCUUUGUGUGGGAUGUGUAUAUUCCUAAAAAACCUGAUUCAGCGCUGUCAAGGGGAUUUGCAUUUGUCAAAUUCACAUGCAAGCAGGAUGCAGAAACUGCAAUUCAGAAGUUCAAUGGAAACAGUUUUGGUAAAAGGCCGAUAGCUGUCGAUUGGGCUGUUCCAAAGAAUAUAUAUACAGCUGAUGCUCAAGUUGCACAAAAAGAUGAUCAGGAAGAAAGUGACGAUGAAGAGGAUUUUAAUAGGGAUUUGGAGGAUGAUAAUGCUGAGAUGAACAGUAAUACACAUCAUUCUCAUGGAGAUGCUGAUGUGUCAGAUGGCUCUGAUUUAGUAAAAGAAGAAGUGAAUUUUGAUGACGAAGCAGAUGUCACAAAAAAAGUUUUAAAUAACUUGCUUUCAUUGAAAGGACCUGUUGCCCCUGUCAAUGAUGAUUUUAUCUCUGUUCAGAAGAAAAAGGAUGAUGGAAUCGUAAAUUUACCAAACAAAGAAUCUGAGAGUUUAACCAAAAAUGAAAGUUCGGCUAAAACUGAAAAGACAAAUAUAAAACCAGUCGAGACAGAAGAAGAGUUGGAGAGAACACUCUUUAUCUGUAAUCUUCCCUUUGAUAUUACUAAUGACGAAAUCAAACAGCGUUUCACAGGAUUUGGUGAAAUCCAGUCGUUUGUACCUGUUCUCCAUCCGGUUACCAAGAGACCGAGGGGAACUGGAUUUCUUAAGUUUAAAACACUUGAUGCUGCUGAUGCUGCAUUUGCAGCAGCAACUUCUGUAGCUGGUUUGGGUAUUAUUCUCAAAGGCAGACAACUAAAAGUUUUGAAGGCCUUGAAUAAGAAAGCAGCCCAUGAUAAGGAAGUAGAAAAGACGAAAAAGGAAGAGAUUGACCACCGCAAUCUCUACUUAGCUAAGGAAGGUCUUAUUCUUGAGGGUACCCCUGCCGCUGAAGGAGUUUCAGAUAGCGACAUGUCAAAGCGUCGAUCGUUGGAGCAGAAGAAGGCAACCAAGCUUAAAUCACCAAAUUUCCAUGUUUCAAGGACGAGGCUCAUCAUGUACAAUGUACCCAAGGCAAUGAAUGAAAAACAACUAAAAAGACUUUGCUUAGAUGCUGUUACAUCUCGUGCUACGAAACAAAAGCCUACAAUUCGACAGAUUAAGUUGUUGAAGGAUUCUGUCAAAGGAAAAGAAGUUUCAAAGAAUCAUUCUCGUGGGGUUGCAUUUAUCGAGUUCACAGAACAUCAACAUGCCCUCGUGGCUCUUAGAGUUCUUAAUAACAAUCCUGAAACUUUUACUGCCGAGCAUCGUCCAAUUGUGGAAUUCGCUCUUGACAAUGUUCAAACAUUGAGGCAGCGUAACGAUAAGAUUGAAGCUCAGCAGCAAGGAUUUGGAAAUGAUGUAGAAAGCACGAACAAGAAAACUGAUUUUCACAAACCAGCUGACAGGUCGAAUGACAUGUCAAGAAAACGCAAAACCCCAGAUACUUUACAAGAAAGUAGGAAUACUAAAGGGAUGGAAGCGGAACCUAAACCCAACAUGAAAAAGCAUAUUGACUCUAAGAAAUCUUUAGAGGGCCAGCAGGGAAAACGAAAGAAGGGUCAUGAAGCAGCCAUUGACAAAAUCACCUCCGGUACAGUCCGGCCUACACGUGUAGCUGUCGUGCCCAUGAAAAAGAGGACACGAGAUCAAAAGGAGAUACAGAUUGAAGAUAAAACUUCAAAGAGAAGGAAAAACAAAGAUCCAUUAGGGCAAGAUACGGUGGACAAACUAGACAUGCUUAUUGAACAAUAUACAAACAAGUUCUCAGGGAACCGAACCAAUAAAAAUGAUGGCGAAAAGCAAGGUUCAAAACGGCUAGGACGGUGGUUCCAAACAUAGUUCUUUAUCAUGUGUAACUCUUACAUUAGUGCUUAUAAUCCCACCUUUUAGAAACUUGUAUCAUCUCAAAUUUUGAAAUUUUUUGGGUCUUUAUGAAAGCAUUUCUAGACAAUUUAUUGGUUACCAUCAAAA